GUUUCCUCUCUUUCACACUUGUGACUAGGAAUUAUUAAUGUAUUGGUGUUUUGUGAUAGUGAGGUCCUAUCCGGCAAAAGGGGAAUAUCGUUAAGAAAGUAAUUCAGUCUUGUGUAUUUGUGCAUACAAAAUAUUAACAAUGUCUUCCGAUCAGAAUAUCAAUGAAAUCGAAUCUUCCAAUCUGAAGAUGAAUGAUAUCCAAUCUAACGAUCUGAAACCUAAAGAAGUCCAUUCUUCCGAUCUGAAUCCUAAUGAAAGCCAAUCUUCCGAUCUGAAGCUAGAUGAAGAACAAUCAUCUUCCGAUCUGAAGCUAGAUGAAGAACAAUCAUCUUCCAAGGUGAAUCUGUUUGAUUCGGAAUAUUCCGAUCUUAAGUUGAAUGAAAUCCAAGAAGGUGUUAUAAUGCAAUAUUUGGAAGAUAAUAAAUGUUUACUCCAACAUAUAAUCGAUGACACCGAAUUGGACAAUGAAAAAAUAUUGUUGGAAAAUCUAGCUAGUAAAAUGGCUGAAGUGGGGUCGACCAAAUCCGUGGAGUUAUGGAAGGAUACAAUUAAAAAAAUGAAAAUAAAUUCUGAGAGACAGGCGUUCAAAUACUAUAGAUAUUCUCAAUGGACCGACAAUCCAAUUAGACCCACCCCUAUUGCGAUACGUUUUAUAUUUCUGUCUAAGGAGCUGAAGAUUUUGGCUAAGAACCCAGGAGCUGGUCCAGAUCCAUUCAAGGAUAUUGAAUCUAUGAAACCAGCUCAAAAAAAAGAGUUUUUUCGAAAAAAAUCCAUCGAAAAUUUGGCAGAGAUGGAACAAGCCUACAAAAUAAAUAAAACAAAGUGUGUCUACCGAAAAAAAUUGUUAGAAAUGUUACGAGCUGAACACAACGACCGCAAGUAUUUUUAGGAUUUUCUGUGCAGAGUACCACAUCUUGUACAGUUCAGAUUGAAGCCUAGUUCAACCUUCCACAUAUCAAAAAUGCAUGGACUUGUCAAAGUACUUCAAACUUAAAAUCAGCAUGAACGUGAACUGUGCAACCAGGACUUAGGAUGUCCUUAUAUUGAACUUUGGACACUGCACUGAAAGACAGGCAAGACAAGAACACCAGCCUUGAAUGGAAAAAAUUAGUGAUACUUAUGACGAUGUAUAGUCAAGAUGCUAGAACCUACAUUUCUCUUUGUUCCUAUUAGGUUAAAAACGUAGAAUAAGUUUUUUAAUUUUGUAAUUGCAUAAAU